AUGAAGCCCAUGUAUUUCCCUUUGCGUUCUUCACAAACAAAGAGCGGUGUUGGCGGCGCGGUCAUCGAGCAGAGGAGUCCUGACAGCACCGCUGGUGACUUUGGCAACGACGGCGUGGGUGCGAUUGUGAUGGGCACGGCGCCGCUAACAGAGCUGGUGGACGUGGACGCGAUGACCACCUCACACGCUUACGCCUCGCACAAGUUGCAUGCAUCGGAUAAGCGCCUCAAGUGUGGUGCCGGAAGCAUUGCAGUACCGCUCUCCACCGCCGUUAUUUUGCCGAGUGUAACGGAGCUAACGAACCAAGCCGAGGCGCUGAAUUCGCCGCCCUCGGCGAUGUCGCCCAUAUCUGCUAUGCGACGUGCUAUGGAGAAAGGUGCGCGCCCAAUGCGCCGCCCGCACGACGCGUCCGCUGCCUCCCCUCUUACACACGCUCGGAGUGGCAGUGGUGGAGAUCGCGACGAGGCCGCCAAGGCAACAGCGUUGCGGCGCGACGUUGUGCGUCGUACCUUGUCAUUGCUGGGGCUUCCCACCUCCACCGGCGUCUCUGCCGGUGUGGAUCGUUGCGAGGCUGCGGUGGAGUCACCCUCUCAGGUUCCGGAGGACGGGGCUGGCGUCGGUGAGCACGCUCACGUCACGACAUCGUCGCAGUCUAGUGUCAGGGACCGCUUGGGAUCAGCAUUAGCACCUGAAGUGCCCUCGCCAUCCGCGGCAGUGGCUCCGAGGACGCCGGCCGAGAGAACGCAGGUCAAUACCGACGCCGAGUUCCCCUGCUCGCCGGUGGUGAGGACGUUUGGUGCCUUUCUGCAGCUUAUGCAGCCAGCACCACCACCCCCAAUCCCCGUUGUGUCACUGUCAGACAGUCAGACGGCACGCUCAGAGCCGUGCUCAACAGUACGAGACAACGUGGCAGGAAACGGCCAGCAAUUUCACACCAUCCCUCCUCUACCGCCGCCGCUGCCUCUGCCGCCACCGUACGGGGAAACUCCGGCUCCGCAGCCAGCCUUUGGCGCCGGGACCUUCGCCUCUGCGCAGGACCUCGUUGCACAUGUGCGACUGCUACUGCCAUGGAUGAUCUUUGCAUCAAAGAAGCGGCGCCGCGUGGUUGGUGGAGAAGACGGCCUCGCUGAUGACUUGGCGAUGUCCCUGCUGUCGCUGUCCUCGCUUCCGAUCCCUGCCGCCUUGGAGCGCACCACACGUGCGGGUUCAUUGUCGUUUUCGCAGCCGCAGCAGCGCGGUGCGCCGCCAACGCGCUCUGCCGCCAUCACAUGCCGCUCCACUUUCGUUGACGGCGAGGUUACUCUCGUCAGCGACCACGUGGACGCGGUACUGCCGACGUGGGCGUACCUCUCCUCACACAUCGCGGACGCCGUCCCGCCAAUGCACGUCAUAUCGGUCCCCACUGUUGCUGUUGUGAGGGACGACUUCCUGACGAUAGCCUCAACAGGGAGCUACAACCACCACAACAGCAUGGCCAACUCCAUCGUUGGUGGGGUGGCGACCUCGUUAUCGUCGACGGCAGCGACCCCGCUCAUCGUGGACGAGCUCGUGGAUCGGCAGUCGUGCUUGUACCCGCACGGGCUGGCGGAUGCCUGCGCGCUGGCUCAGCUACGGCGGCUGAAGCCAAAGACGGCGACCGCAGGUGCAUCGGCGCAGAGCUCUCUACGCUUUCUGCGGCUGGAGCUGCAGGUUGAUGUGCAACAUAUCCCUCCCACGGUGAGGGGUGUGGCACCGGCCGAGCGGCAGUGCAUGCUGGAUCAAGUCCUCACCGAGUUCACGCUGACGGGCGUGUUGCCCACGACCGUACUACGAGGCGUACUGAAUGACGCUGCACUGCGGUUGUUGGCCAGCGUGGACGAGCAGGUGUUGCGACAGGUGGCCGGGGAGGUGGACCUGGCUAGUCAAGCGGAGGUCGACUCCCAUGACGGCGACGCAUCGAGCACCUUGGCAGUGCCCACUGUCGCUGCUCAAGCCCAUCGCCAGCGUGUCGUGCCGCUCAGCCUCCAUGUUCACACGCUUCAAGGGGAGCCGGGUGGUGCUUCUUCGCACACCCCAGCAGCCUCCCCCAUCUCUGGCGAAACCGGCUCGCUGCGCCACCUACCGACGGGGCUCACAACCACACCGACGCGACUGAUCCUCACAGUGCUCGUGCACGUACAGCAGACUUCCGCAACGUCCACCGCUUCUGAGGCUCAGGAGACGCCGGCGACGAACAAUGAGCAAAAACUGCAGGCAAAUAAAGAAGGCCGCGAAGGCGCGUCAGUGACGAUGGAGGCCCCUUCCUCGUCCUCCGCUGCAGGUGCGACGGCUCGGAUGGACGACAACGCCAGCGUGUCCUUGGCUAGCACCGUUGUACAGCAUCUUUUUCCACUCACCUUCGGGCUGUCACGCUUCACGACGAAGCUCUCUCUAUCCAGCGCUGUUGACUACGAUGUGCAGCACACCACAAAGAGGACCAGUAGCGCUGAGAGCCCAUCAAGUGGUACCGCAGAGGCUGUGGAAGAAGAAGCCGCCGCCGUUUCAGCGGGGAUCUCAGGGCUGCGAACAGCAGAGUCCCGUGGAGCCACAACUUCGACGACGACUGAGGAAGGCCCACGCAUCGCUCGAGCACGAGGGGCGGCGCAGCCGUGGGCGUGGCAGGACAUCUCCCUUGGCUCUGUGCGGGCGUGGUGCGGCCUAGCAGAGCUGAAGCCGCUUCCCACCUCGGCAGCAAUGAUGUCCUCCUCUUCUCCGCCGGCGUUCUCGCGUGUGGCGCGUGCCGUGGUUGCAGGGGCCGACAGCACGGCAAGCAUGAGCACUUUUCUCCCCUCGCAGACGGGGUCGAAGCAGCGGCGAUCGCUCAAGAAGGCGCUCCCCGAAGUCGCCACCACAGUUUCUACCACAGCGGAGGGCGUAGUUGUCGCGGCUGCCGCCGCCGCUUCUGCGAGCCAGGGAGUCAGCGGUACCGCGGCUAAGCAGGAAGUGAUUUCUAAGCGUGAGAUGAAGGGCCAGUUGGUCGAGGACGACAAGGAUAGGGGUGAGUUCGACGACGGCAGCGCCAUUAGCGUGUCACUGCGGCGCUGUGAUGUGGCCAAGGAGACGAUGGCGCUGACAGCUGCUGUGGAGGCCGUGCGCUGCUGUGUGGACGCGCUGUGCGGUCACGCCAGGCGGCUGCGGGUGCUCAUGGAUAUAGUCAAGGAUGAGGUGGAAGCUGUUCAGGUAGACGCCGACAACAGCGGCAGUGGCGCGGCCGACUACUGUGGCGUAGAGGGCAGGGAGGAGCACCAGAGGAAGGCACAUGCGGGCCGGCGUUGCACUGUGGUGUUCGCGUCGACCGACAGCACUUCCAAGACGGGCGCCACUCCUAGCCGCCGUUGCGUCAGCGAUCACGCUUACAUGCAAGACAUCAUGGUGGCUGUUCAGAAGAUGCUCGGGUACGGGCUAACGCGCUUGAUUAUCACUUGCCUUUCCGCACCAGAGUCCGCCGAAGACAGCGAGGCGUCUACCACGGCGGAGAAUGUGGCUGACUGCGAUGCCGAGAAGCGAAAUGCGGGCCCUCGCUCCGUCCUCUUUUCCAUGCUCGCUAGCGCCGAGGGCAGCGAUGACAGCGACGUGGCGCCCACGUGCAGCAUUGCGCAGCAGCUGCGACGCCGGUUCUCUGUGUACGGCCGCUACCUUACAAAGCGUGUGUGUGCCCCGCUGGAGGAGCUCGAGAUGCUCUUUGUAGAAUGCACCAGCAGCGCCGCCACGACGCCAAGGACCACUACGGCGACGCCCACCAUCUUGAAAGACGGCAACGGAAGUCCGAGUGACGUGUCGAGCCCCACGCGUCAGGCGGUCCUAGGGGCACAGGUGAUGUUGAAGGAAACGCGCCGCCACCGCCGCCGCGCUGCGGGCGUAGAUGCUUCACAGGACGAAGUGAAGUGGAGUGGUGCCGGGAAGACCGAGGAGGCGGACGAGUAUGCUGUCGACUCCACCGUGCUGCCUGCCUUAUCCGUUGCGAAGGCGGCGGUGCAGCUCUGCCGCAUGAUGGCCGGCACAUCUGCCCCGUUGUGCGAUGCUGGCGCUGUUGCUUCUGGCAAGGAGUUUUCAAGGGUCCAGCACAUGCCCAUGGCGGCUACCAGCAGCGGUGGUUUGGCGACGAUGUCGAACCCAGUCUCGCUAAUUCAGUGCCACGACCGUCGGAACUACCGCUCCAUCUCACGCUCACCUUUCGCCUCCAUACGCAUGGUCGGUGCCGCCGCCGGCGCUCUUCAUUCCCUGCACGAGCGCGUUGCCUCCCUUGUUGACACCAUUACCAGAGGGCUGCGACUACUUGAGGCGGAGGAGCAACGGUGGGCAACGCUGCAGGAGCCGCUGGCGUGCCUGAGGGAGUACUGGGGCGACAUACGAGUGAUCAUCAACAAGGAGCGUGUCCAACGGUGUGAGGUAACGCUGUCGUCACUGGUUGCCUUGGAGAGGCAGGUGCGAGGCACCCUGGCGAUGGAAGAGGUACGUGGGUGGUCAUCGAUUGUGGAAGAAGAGAUCACUUCGGCCGCUGAGGCUGAGUCUGCAUUAGCUGUGGUUGUUGAGCUCGGCAAACUCACUGUUUCAGCGAGCCAGUCUCGUACGUUCAACCAGCGCUGCGUUGCUCAGUUGCCCAUACGGACUCCGGUAGCCACGCUGCCGUUGAUGCGGGACCUUAGUAAAGCCGACUUGUCCCCAGAGCAGCCGCUCGAGGUACCGCAGCGAGCGAUGAUGGCGGAGGAGUGCAAGGAAGAGCGAGCAACAGUGGGCUCAGACGAACACUCGGAAGUGGAGGUGGAGGAGUGGCUGCUAAAGCCAUUGCUGCCGAAGCGGUCGCACCUGUUAGACGUCGAGCGAGACGAGUCACAGGUGGCGGCGGAGGGCGAGCUGCAAGACACUUUCGUUGGCGACGCCAUUGUGGUCGAGAGUGGCGGCGAUGACAGCAUUGAGGCAUCGACCGAGAAACUGGAUAACCAACCUGUUGAGUUCGCCGAGACAAUGACGUCACCUCCGUUAUCUCUCCUCUCCACCGCAGCGUCCAACAGCCUCACCGCUACCCCAACACCGAAGCAGAUGCCCCAACACAGCCAACUGAAGCAGAAUGGUCUCGCGAAACGGUCACGCCAGGCUCCAACGACGCAGCCACAGUCACAGACUCAGUCUCGCGGCAAGGCAUCAUGUUCACGUACGCAGGUAUCGCAAGGCAGCUCUACGCCUCCAAUAUCUCUGCCACACUCGAGGUCAUUGGCGGCAGCAUCAAGCAGCUUGGCGCGACUGUCGCAGCGGCGAGGCGCCGCCGCCGCUGAUGCUAGCACCCGUGCUGUGGUGUCUAUGGAGGGUGCACUCGCACUAGCGCCGCUGAACGUGGAUGUGAUAGUCCUCCGCCAGGCCACCCCGUUCGUGGCCGUCGGGGUUGCUCUUUUCCUUCUUCUUCUUUUCCUGUAA